UUCACGAGACGAGGAGGCCGAGGAGUCUCCGCAGAGCCCGAAAGGCUUUGGGGGGGGGGGAGGUCCUUUUAGGGAUUUAUUCUUUUGCGUUGGAAGCUACCGCAUGCAGCAACAACAACAACAACAAAUAUUUACACCAUUUUUUUUUUAACCCCAAAAAAGUCAUUCCACGAGAAUGGCGUACACAGUGACCACCGCGGUGCUGGAGCCGAGCAGUGACUUCCCGGCAUGGCUGGAGGCGCAGGGCGUAAAUGAGGAGGUGGCCCAGGCCAUGAACUCGGAGCUGGGCAUCCGGGACUAUGGGGUCCUGCGCGCCUGCAUCAGGGACGGCCUCGUGCGGGCCGAGCUGUUGGCCACGGCACGCGACCGCCUGCCCUUCGGCUUCUAUGCCGUGCUACGGCAGGUGGUGAAGGCCCUGCAGGGCGCCGAGCCCCACGACUCCGCUUCCUCUCCUGGUGACGUGACGCUGGAAGGCCUAGUGGACGUGCUACACGCGCUGUUCAGCGGCUUGAGCCGAGAGCUGCUGCUAUCUGUGCAGAGGCUGGGAGCCAUGGAGAACCCUAAAAUUUGCGUUGCUGACUGCACUCCACCUACAGCGGAUGUUGAAUACAAGGACCUGGCAGUCAAUAAAGAGCUGCCCUCAGAGGAGAGGAAUGAAUUAUCUAUACACACUGAGCACCUGCUGAAAGAAGAAUACACGGGAGAAGUUGCAACUUUGGUUUCCGAAGACUCCAGUCCAAACAAGCCGUUGCACAAAAUAAAAUUGGAAGACCAAGAUGACAUGUACAUAAAUGGACGACCUUCAGAUCUUGGCUUCCAGUCCAUGAACACGACCAUGGGCUGCAUCUCUCACACAUCGCUGCAGAUGACGGAGACUGGUGAGGAGACAUGGGCGGGCAUAGGCCGGCAAACCGUGGGGCCUCCAAUGAUGCCAAUCCCCCAGUACCACCCUCUUGAUGGUGGCGGUGGUGGUGGUGGUGGUCAGGGGGUCAUUCAGUGGGGUGAGGAGAGGCCCUACUCUUGCAAGAUGUGCGUACAAACCUUCACAUCGGAAGCCCACCUCAACGUGCACCUGCGCACACACAUGGCCACGAGGCCAUUCCGCUGCAUCACAUGCGGCAGGUGCUUCUCAAACAGUAGCAGCCUGAAUGUCCACGAGCGGACACACAUGGUUGAGAAGCCGUAUUGCUGCAGCGUAUGCGCGCAGACCUUCUCACAUCUCAGCAGCCUCAAGCGGCACCAGCGCACGCACACGGGUGAGAAGCCCUAUCACUGUGAUGUGUGUGGACAGGCUUUCACGAACAAGCGCAACAUGAAGUACCAUCGAAGCAAGCACGAGGGAAUGGCGCUGCCACAGUGAUUCCACCUCUUGGCACAAUGGUCUGGUGGACAGGUGUGCAUGUAGUGGGUUCGUGCGCAGCGUCCCGUGAAAUGCACGGAGAAAGAUUGACAGAGACACGGGCCUCCCUGCUGUGCAGAUGUAAUUUUCUUAUUGAUAACCCUGCGUUGUACUACAGCCACACUCAUUGAUACCAGUAAAAGGGAGUACAAUCAUGUGAUGCAUGUCCGCAGGGGGGGGCAUGUUUAUCUGGUGGACUAGUAUUCUGCUUUGACACAACUAAACCACAGCCAGGCAUAAAAAUGUGAAUCAGGGCUUUUUUCUGGCUGUCAGACUUUAUUUCUGCUGGCAAGGCCCACUGAGCAAAGCAGCUCUGUUAAAAGGAUAACCAGCCCAAGACUAUCAGUAACAGGGUCAGUUAACAGGACAAUGCCAGUUGAAAUGAAAGCAAUUCACUUGGCAGUCGAGGCAAAUUUGUACAAAAUCUGUAAAUGGUGCUCAUGCUCCCAGCAUGAAGUUGCCUUGAUGAAGAUUUGUUAAAUGGUACAGCAGUGACACAUUAGUGUCUAAUAAAGCUCAGUUCCAAACAAAGCCUUGUAAUGCCUCAAAAUUAACUUUUGGUUGCAUUUUAUUUUAAUCCAAUGUGGAUUUUUUUAAAGUCUAGAAUCUGGUUGACGAGUUUUAUUUUUUUCUAACUUAUGACAA